UAUACAAUUCCAGUAACUGAAGGAAACAAAAAAUGUCUCUCAAAUUCUCAUUUUCUCUCCUUCUACUUUCCCUAAUCUCCACCCUCUCUACCGCCCAAUUCGGCGGUACUGGCUCUGCUCCCGGCGGCACUGGCACGACUCCCGGCGGCACUGGCACUACUCCGGGCGGCGCUGUCACUUCACCGGGCGGCGCUGUCACUUCUCCGAGCGGCGUUGGCUCUGCUCCUGGUGGAACUAGUGCUGCUCCAGCCGGCGGUACUGCUACCGGCGGAGGCGGAGGGGCGACGGUUGAGUUGUGGUGCGUGGCGAAGAACAACGCAGAGGAUACUGCUCUUCAAUCGGCACUUGAUUGGGCUUGUGGGCCUGGAGGUGCUAAUUGUGGGCCAAUUCAGCCCGGUGGAUCCUGUUAUGACCCUAAAGAUAUACAGAAAACGGCGUCGUAUGUGUUCAAUGAUUACUUUAUUAAGCAUGGUAUGACUGAAGAUGCUUGUAAUUUUGAUGACACUGCUGCUCUCAUUUCUAUAAAUCCAAGCCAUAAUGGGUGUAAAUUUCCAUCCAGCAAGAAUUCAAGUGGAAGUUCUAGUGGGUCGACGAAUGGGGGAUUAAGUCCAUCCUCGGAAGAUUUGAGUAGCGGCAGUUCUAUUCUCAGGAGGUGGAUGUAUAUCUUGAUGGCGAUCAAUUUGCUGUUUGCAAGUCAGCUUAUUUUCUGAUGACUCAAGAAUCUUAGUCUCGUUCCCACUGUAUGUAGUAUGUAGUAUGUAGCGUAAGGCAAUUUUGUUGAGAGCUCAAAAGCUCCAGGUAUUUAAUGUUGGUUCCACGCCCUCUCCAACAUCGUAGAAGCCAUAAUCGAAGAAAUAUCAUGACGAUAAUUCUUCUUGUUUGUUUAUCAAUCAUGUUGGUAUGUAAUCUAACUUUAGAA